GUUGCUUUGCUAUCACAUGUGAGAGAAAUGAAGAGACAGAUGAAGAUGAGAAGGCAUUUCCUAUUGUUUAGCAGCUUUGCUAUGGCAGUUUUGAUUCAUGCACAGAAUCAAACAGGGUUCAUUAGCUUAGAUUGUGGGUUGCCUGAAGGUUCAAGCUACAAUGCAACCACAACAGGCAUAAAUUAUACUUCAGAUGCGCCAUUCAUCCAAACUCAAAUUGGCAUGAGCUAUAGACUACCUGGAUUCAAUUCAGGCACGCAGCAACAGAUACUGGAGAAUGUUAGAAGUUUUCCGGAAGGAGACCGAAACUGUUACAUGAUAAACCUCAGCAAGGGUAAUAGAUAUUUAGUCAGAACAAGUUUCAUGUAUGGGAACUAUGAUGCAAAAAAUGAAACACCAGAAUUUGAUCUAUAUUUAGGACCUAAUUUGUGGGAUACAAUGGUUUUUCAAAAUGCAUCUGCUGUUGUAGUCAAGGAAAUCAUUCAUGUUCUUCAAUCAAAUUAUUUGCAUGUCUGUCUCGUGAACACUGGGAAAGGGAUCCCUUUCAUAUCAGCAUUAGAGUUGAGGCUUUUGAAAAACACAACCUACGACACCAACUCUGGAACAGAAUCACUGGAAAUUUUCUUCAGGCAUGCUUUUGGUUCAACAUACAAUUCAACAUUCAGGUUUCCACAAGAUGAUUAUGAUCGUAUCUGGCGGCCUUACCAAAGAGCUGAUUUGGGACAAAUAAAUACUUCUUCCACCAUUACAUCUAACAACGACUAUGAUCCACCAAAUCUUGCCAUGAGCACUGCCAGCAUACCAUUGAACGCAAGUCAACCCUUGAAUUUUUCCGUCCAAGAUUCCGAUCCCAAUGCCCAAUUUUAUUUUUACAUGUACGUGGCAGAACUUGAAGUGCUCCAAGCUAACCAGACCAGAGAGUACAUCAUCUAUCUCAAUGACUUGCUUUGGUUCACAGCUUAUAGUCCUACAUAUUUGCGGGCAGACACUAUACGUACCACAGCUGCGUUAAAUGGAGGCAAUUUUUCAAUGGUAAGAACCAGAAGAUCAACCGAACCACCUACCCUGAAUGCCUUUGAGGCUUAUAAGGUAAAGGAAUUUCAACAGUCACAAACAGCUGAAAAAGAUGUUAAUGCGAUCAUGAAUAUAAAAUCAAUGUAUGGAUUGAAGAGAAAUUGGCAAGGUGAUCCUUGUGCUCCACAAGAAUACUCAUGGCAAGGUCUUAAUUGCAGCUACGAGGAUUCCAAUCCACCUAGGAUCAUAUCUUUGAAUUUAUCCUCUAGCGGUUUGAGUGGACAGAUACCUCCUUAUAUCGUCAAUCUGACUCAAUUACUGUAUCUGGACUUAUCCAACAAUAAUUUGACUGGACCAGUGCCAGACUUUCUAACUCAGUUGCAAUCUUUGACUCUGCUAAACUUGGAACGAAACGCACUAAAUGGUUCAAUCCCCAGAGGACUCAUUGAUAAGUCAAACAAGGGUUUGCUACAAUUAAAUGUGGAGGGAAAUCAAAUUCCUUGUACAUGGAAUUCAUGCAUGACAACGAAGAAGAAGAACAGCGUAGUGGUUCCGAUUGCAGCAUCAGUUGCUUCAGUCCUUUCUCUCCUCAUUAUUGUUUCGGCUCUCCUUUGGUGGUUUAAAGGGAGAAAAACAGGUAGAACAAAACUUACAAAAAAACCAUACAAAAAGGAGAUAAAAAAUCGACAAUUUACAUACUCUGAUGUCCAAAGGAUCACAAACAAUUUUGAGAAAGUUAUUGGAAAAGGAGGAUUUGGAACAGUUUACCUCGGUUACAUAGGUGACACUGAAGUAGCAGUUAAGAUGCUAUCACAAUCAUCUAUUCAAGGGUAUAAGCAGUUUGAAGCUGAGGUGGAGCUUCUUUUGAGAGUUCACCAUAGAAAUUUGACUAGCCUUAUUGGAUAUUGUGAUGAUGGCACCAACAUGGGGUUAAUCUAUGAGUUCAUGGCCAAGGGAAACUUAUUAGAGUAUCUCAGAGACAGCAAUAGCAGUGUCUUGAAUUGGGAAGGAAGACUUGGAAUAGCGCUCGAGGCAGCACAAGGACUGGAAUAUUUACACCAUGGUUGCAAACCUCCCAUAAUCCACCGAGAUGUAAAGUGUACCAAUAUCUUAUUAAAUGAAAACAUGCAAGCUAAAUUAUCUGAUUUCGGGCUAUCGAAAACUUUCGAAGGUGGCUCUCAUGUCUCCACCGUCGUUGCCGGUACCCCUGGAUACCUUGACCCUGAGUAUUCCACAACAAACAGGUUGACGGAGAAGAGUGACGUUUAUAGCUUUGGGGUAGUUCUUUUGGAAAUCAUUACAAACCGGCCUGUGAUUGCAAGAACAAUAGAUGAGCCUACUCACAUAAGUCAUUGGGUUGGCUCCAUGUUGUCCAAUGGGGACAUCGAAAGCAUUGUCGAUUCAAGGUUGAAAGGGGAGUUUGAGAUAAAUUCUGUAUGGAAAGCGAUAGAAGUGGCAAUGGCUUGUUUAUCUCCAGCAUCCUCAAAAAGGCCAACCAUGACUACUGUGGUGAUGGAAUUAAGCGAGUGCUUGUUGGCAGAGAUCAAUAGGACAAGGGGAGUCGUCAAUGAGGAUGAAUCACUAGAAUCAAUUGGCAUGAUAUCCUUGAAUUAUGGGUCUGAAAUAACUCCUCUAGCAAGGUGAUUAGGACACCAAAAAUAUCAUGGUUUAUUAUCCUUAGAAAAAUGUUCCCCUUGAGCUGGGUUUGUAAUUUUCUACCUGUACAUAAAGACACUUCAGGGAAUAUAAAGUUUAGUUUGUUGUUUGUUGUAGUACACAUAUAAAAACACUUCCAAAGAUAUUAGCCAUGUAUAACA